AUGGCCCCGGACCCUGACGUGACGGAGGCCGUGACGCCGCAGUCGACGGCGGCAGGCUCCGCAUCGGUCCAGAAGCGCGCCGCCCCUGCGUCUGCAUCUGGCGUUGGCCAGCGGUCCAAACGAGCCAAGUACACCCCUGUAGCCUGCAACGCGUGCAAGAAGCGGAAACUCAAAUGCAUCAAGGAAGACCAUCGCGAGGCUUGCCAGCGAUGUCUUUCCAAUGGAGUCGAAUGCGUCGUCAUUCCCGGCCCGCAACAUACGCCACUUAGAGAACGCGAGGUUACACACGAGAGGGAUGAAUCUAUCAAUCCUUCUCCAUACAAAAAUCUGAGCGACGAGGUCGCCAUUCUCCGGGAGCAGGUCGCCACGUUGUCGUCGUCACUUCGGGAGCUCACCAACAAGAUCACGCACAUCAACACCCGGUCACCAGCGGCUCUUGGUGGCCCACAGCAUCCGAGUCCUCUGUACACGAGCGAGUCAACCGGACGGCCCAGCGAACCGAGAGAACCUCAGUUUGUCGGACCCACGAGAUCCGCUUACAGCCUUCGCAUAGCGGAGUCGUCCCUAUCGCGGGUGCACAUCCAGACGCGCGACGCCUCGCCCACGAGUAGGUCUGCGUCUCCCGUGGCCUCGGCGAGAGCACCUUCCGCGGUUUCCGACCACCACACGUCAUCAGCGCAAGAGGACCUCGAUCCUCUCCUGAUAUUGGACUUUGACGAGGUUCUCCGGCUGAUUGAUGUGUAUCAAGAGGAAAUCGAGUCAGUCUAUCCUUUUACUAACAUGAGAGACAUUUCGGCCAACCUAGAGCAUAUCCUCAACUACGCCAGACGUCCACAAGACCCACCAGCCGACUCACGAGCCCCGAAGGAUCGACCCAAGAUCGAACUUAAGGAUGUUCAAAUCGUCAAAGUUGCAAUCGCCACGUCCAUAGUAAUGGAGGCUCAAGGGCAGAAUGCGAUCAGCACGAAACUUAUUGAUGCAGUGGAGCCCAUUGUGUGCCGUGUUUCUGGAGAGGCUUUUAUAGACUUGAAAGAGCUGCAAAUCAUGACCAUGCUGAGCAUCUACUGGUUCCAUUGCGGCGAGGAACUGCUAGCUUGGAGAUCCAUUGGCAUCUCGGGGCGAGAAGUAUUAGAAAUUGGGCUGCAUCGGCGAGCCAUCCUCAUGGAGAACUUCAAAGACCCCAAGCAGAGGGACCAGGCUUUGCGGUGCUUCUGGUGUGUCUAUGUUCUAGACCGCCGCUGGAGUUUCGGGACAAGCUUGUCAUUUGGGCUCAUUGACAGGGAUAUCGACCCUGAAUUACCUGAGCCGGGAGACGACUAUCCCUAUCUUAGGUGCAUGGUCGCCUAUGGAAGGCUCUGUUCCAAAGUCUGGGAUGCACUUCCGCCAUUUGAAUCGCCGUCACAGUUCAUUCCCAGGGACACAGUGGCAUUCCUGGACUUCAUGACGCUGAAUUGGCUCAACUCCAUACCAGAAGAUUUGCAACUUCGACACCCAAGGCUGGGUCUUGCACCUAGAGUCCAGCCACGUAGCAUGCAUCGGCUACGGACCCUUCUUUACCUACGUAGCAACCAAAUGCGGAUGCUCAUCCACAGACAUCACGUCCUUAGCACUGCCAGCAUCAAGGCAGAUAUGCAGAGCGCUAAGCUUGUUACUGACAUUGCGCUAGAUACGAUCCAGGUCCUUGUUCACUUGAACGACACGAGCGACAUCUACGCGCGGCAGCAGAAUGCGUUCAACUACUUCCUCAUGAGCGCACUGGCCGUGAUUCUCCUGGCUGUGUGUCAUGCACCAGGCAUCUUCACAGACCUUUGCAAAGAAAACUUCCUGAAGGCUGUUCAGCUCAUCAAAGGAUUUUCACGCCAUGGCCACGCAAGUCGGAGACUAUGGAAGACCAUCAGGGGCUUUCUUCCCAGUAUCAAGUCGUUGGGUUUACGGAGCGAUGCAGACAAGGGAGAAGCUCCUCAAGCGACGGAGAACGGAGACGAGAACCUUGCUCAGAUACAGGUGAAUGAAGGAGAUCAGGCGUCUAGUCACAACGAGCGGGAUGGGAGGCGAGUGGAACACCAAUGGGACGCCUACGAUACGAGUCCCCAGACGAAUGGUUCUAUACCGGAUAUGUUUAAUAUGGGAAACGACUUGUUGAACCUAUUCGACGCAUUCGGACAUGCAAAUGCAGGCCACCCGGCGCCAUCUGAUUUUCCAGUAGGGUUCUUUGGGGGCAGCGAGCAAGGAGUGUCACUUGGGGACCCAGAGGAGAUUUCAAGGCGGUUCCAGGGGCUGAUAUGA